ACCAGCUUCCUUCGGCAGUGCAGACGGCAGCGCCGGAGGCCAGCGGAAGGACUCAACUUGCUGGAAUUUUGCACGUCUGUGGUUCGAACCUCCCAAGGCCACAAAAGUAGGAGAAAGAAGCGGACCGGAUCAAUACCAGUAAUUGCAUUCAAAGAGGAAAAAACAGGAAAGAAGGAAGAGGCACAAGAUGAAACCCUGUCAGAAAAUUGAAGAAAAACCAGACAAUGAGAAUGAACCAAAACUUGAGGAAGAGCCAAAGCCUGAGGAAAAGCCAGAGGAAGAGGAAGAACCAGAGGAGGAGGAAAACGCAGAAGAAACUUUUACAGAAAGGCUCAUUCAAUCGCUCCAGGAUUUUAAAGAAGAUAUACAUAACAGGCAUUUGAGCAAUGAAGAUAUGUUUAGGGAAGUGGAUGAAAUAGAUGAGAUAAGGAGAGUAAGAAACAAACUUAUAGUGAUGGGUUGGAAGGUGAAUCGAAACCAUUCUUAUCCUUAUUUGAUGUAG